AUGUCCGUUCCAACACCGAACAAGCGUUUCCAACUUGAGAAAGAAGUUGUCGAGGCUAUUCCUGAUUUGUGGGUUAUCCAUGCUAAAGUUUUCCCGGACGAAAGGGGAUUUUUCUCAGAGUCUUACAAUAAAGUUGAAUGGGCUGAGAAAAUAGGAUUCAAUGAAAAUCUUGUCCAGGAUAAUCAUUCAUUCUCCAAGUAUGGUGUUACACGUGGCCUACACGCUCAGCCUUAUAUGGGCAAGCUUGUAACUGUUGUCAGCGGCGAGAUUUUCGAUGUUGCUGUUGAUAUCCGAAAAGGAAGUCCAACAUUCGGAAAAUGGCACGGUGUCUAUCUUAGCGGAGACAACAAAGACGCGUUCUGGUUGCCGCCAGGAUUUUUGCACGGAUUCCAAGUUUUAAGCAAGGAAGGUGCCCAUGUCACCUACAAAUGUUCAGCUGUUUACGAUCCAAGCACCGAAUUCGGAAUCAAUCCAUUCGAUGAAGAAAUUGGUAUCAAGUGGCCAAUCACUGACAAAUCUGCUAUUAUUGUCUCAGAACGCGAUUUGAAGCAUCCAUCUUUCUCACUCCUUGAGAACUAA